AUGCUGCGCGUGCGGUGCCUGCGCGGGGGCAGCCGCGGAGCCGAGGCGGUGCACUACAUCGGGUCGCGGCUUGGAAGAUCACUUACCGGAUGGGUGCAGCGAACUUUCCAGAGCACCCAGGCAGCUACAGCCUCUGAGGCUUCCUGUGCUGCUGAUGACAAUAAGGCCACCGAUCCUCUUCUGAAUGACUGCCCUGUUUGCUCAUACAAUGAAUGGGACCCACUGGAGGAAGUAAUUGUAGGGAGAGCUGAAAAUGCAUGUGUCCCUCCUUUUUCUGUGGAGGUUAAGGCCAACACAUAUGAAAAGUAUUGGGGGUUCUACCAGCAGUUUGGAGGCCAGAGCUUCCCCAAAGAUCACUUAAAAAAAGCUGUUGCUGAAAUUGAAGAAAUGUGCAAUAUUCUGAAAAUGGAAGGAGUCAUUGUGAAGAGGCCUGAGCCAAUUGACUGGUCAGUCAAAUAUAAAACACCUGACUUUGAGUCUACAGGUAUGUAUGCUGCCAUGCCAAGAGACAUCCUGUUGGUAGUUGGAAAUGAAAUUAUUGAGGCUCCGAUGGCCUGGCGAGCUCGUUUCUUUGAAUAUAGAGCAUACCGGCCAAUCAUCAAGGAAUACUUCAACCGUGGGGCCAAGUGGACAACUGCACCCAAGCCCACAAUGGCAGAUGAACUCUAUGACCAGGAUUAUCCCAUCCGCUCUGUUGAAGAUAGACAUAAGCUGGCUGCUCAGGGAAAAUUUGUGACCACUGAAUAUGAACCAUGCUUUGAUGCUGCUGACUUUAUUAGAGCUGGAAGAGAUCUUUUUGUACAAAGAAGCCAGGUUACUAACUACAUGGGCAUUGAGUGGAUGCGGAGACAUCUGGCACCUGAAUAUAGAGUACACAUCAUCUCUUUUAAAGAUCCUAAUCCUAUGCACAUUGAUGCCACAUUUAAUAUCAUUGGACCUGGCCUUGUGCUGUCCAACCCAGAUCGUCCAUGCCAACAGAUUGAACUCUUCAAAAAGGCAGGCUGGACAGUGGUUCAGCCCCCACUUCCACUCAUCCCAGAUGGACACCCACUGUGGAUGUCUUCUAAAUGGCUCUCCAUGAAUGUCUUAAUGCUGGAUGAAAAACGUGUGAUGGUGGAUGCCAAUGAGACUUCCAUUCAGAAGAUGUUUGAAAAUCUAGCACCUGUAUCCUGCUCCUGCAGCCAAUAAGAGUUUUGCCAGUGAUUUGCAUUGAACUGGGAUUGGACCUUGGAGCCACUUUCCUGAGUAGAAGAGAAUGGGCAGCCACAACUCCUCCUUAAAGUUGCUUCGCAGAGAUCAGUGCUGAAAUCACAAUGUCAGCAUUGUACAUCAACUCCAGUUAUUUUGGAGCAGUAACAGGACCCCAAGAUGGGGUGGCAGGCACUUCAAGCUCUGGGUAAAUGAGUGGACAAAUGUACACAUGCAUAUCUAACACUGUCAACUCUGAGUGGGACUGUGGUAUAUACUCGUGUUACACGGUACUUCAGGCACAAAUGUGGGCCAUGUACUUUACCACCAUGUACACUCCAACAGCCUACACUGAAUGGGAGAAAAAUGGCUCCUUAUGACUACACCCAAUUCAUAUUCAGCUCCACCCCAGCUCAUCUUAACACAGAUCUCUCAUUAGAUGAAAGGAUGUUUACAAUAAUUUUAACACUUUGCUAUCCACUGAUUGAGCCUCAGUUGGGUAGGACACUUCCAGUCUCUGGAGGAGUAUCUUGACUCCUUGCUCCACCCCCCGAAACAUGCUCUCUUCUGGCUUGCAUUUCUGACAUGAUCUAUUGCCUACUGCUUUUGCCAACACCUGCUGCAAAUUAGAAGGGGCAUUAUAGUGGCAGGGUAGGGAAGGCAAGUGGGAUUAGUGCUGCCUGAGUGAAGAGGUUUUGUUGUUCCUUAGGAAACAGGAGCAGGCGGUUGUAUUUUAGGCUUCUAUAAUAUUCUUUAAUGUGGAAAAUCUCUCCUAGCCUCAUUGCAUUUGACUCAGCUUGACAGGGGAAGACAGGGUGUCUUUAGGAAUUGCACAAACCAAAACACUUUUCUUAUGUUCCAAGAUUAUGGUCACAGCAAAUUUCCCUCUAACUGAGGUUUUGUCCAAAAAAAAAAAGAAAAAGAAAAAAACAAGACAAAACACCUUUUAGGAGGCAUAAAAACACAAACAGCCUAGUUGUUUCCCCUCCCCCCCUAAAAUUUGCCUUCUAACAUUAAGUGUUCCUGAGCUGUUCACAACCUAAACAUUGCAGUGCUCACCAGGUGCAUGAGAACCCAGGGAAUGAACCCAAAGGGGAAGCUGAGCCAGCUUUCCCUUUGCUGCCAGCUGAGACAAUGCAAACAGCUGAGAACAAAUCUUAAAAAGCAACCUUUAAUCUCGGCUGGUGCUGGUACAUGAGGAGAGAUUCAAAAUAUUACCUGGUUCAGUUCAGUUUGCAAAUCUGGUCUACUCUAGGAAUUUGAGAGGGAGCAUCAGAAAGAUUUCUACCUUCUCCCUUCUUUCGGGUUUUGGUAACUGCAAACGUUUCUGCUUUUGUGUUGUUUGCAGGCUCUUUCUUUGUCUACAUGUGAUCAAUUUAUCUCCAGGGAACCUUGUGCUUUUAGUUGAACUUAAUCAGACCGGGACCCUUAACUAAGCUUUUAUGGGUUUUAAAGAAAGCGUGGCACUUAUUUCUUGGAAGACAAAUGCAUGAGCUCUAAUGUUGGAACAAAGCAGGCCUGUGAAAGCUCCUUACUGACCUAUUUCUUUCUUUCCCCAUUCAGAUUAGGAAGCUGAAACUACUAGGAGUGAAGUACUGGCUGGGAUUUGUUGGCUGUCAGUCUUUAGUUGAAAGGGGGAUGGGGGGGGAAGAUUCAGUGCACUUUCACAUUUAGACCUUAGCAAAGAUCUGUUUCAAGGUUUCUGAUGCAGUGGUCUGGCCUUUGGCAAUCUACUUUGAAUACCCUAUUGGAAGGGCAGCAGUGGGAAUUCAGGCCAGCUUUUUUCCCUUCUAAUCAGGAAUUUGUUGUCCUCAUCUGCUUCUUUGCCCUUGUGGAAAGGAGGUAAUGCACAGUCUGGCUGCCUAGGAAUCUGAAAUUUCUGUUUUGUCUGGACACUAUAUAUGGUACUUUGGACACUAGAUGUUUAGGGCUCAUGAUUUGAUGCAGUCACAUGUUAGGAGCAAUUAUCUCAUUAUGACUAAUAGGGGUAAAUACUAUAUUGGUAUAAAUACCCACAAAUGGAUAGCAAGCAACCUUAGCCACACAUCUCGAACACUAAAAUUCUGACUUUUCUAGACAUGCCAGACUUUACCAGCUAUGAACAUUCUCCUGUACUCUUACAGUAUUUGGAGUGGUGCACACAACAGGAAGCCUCUCCCCACCCGAGUCAUGGUUUCUCUUUUCCUGCUGGGGCACUUGUCCUGUUGGCUAACUCCUGAUGGUGUUGGGUGGUUUUAGAGCAACCUUCCCUUUUACACUUCCUUCAGCCAGAAAUCCUCAAGUUGGGUGGUUGGUGUCUGAGUACAAAAGGUGACCAAACGCUCAGCCCACAUGCCAGACCAAUGCAGAACACGAGAGCAGGUCAUGUUCAGCGUGUGAAGAGCUCAUGAUCAUGAGGCCGAC